AUGUCCGGAGACCAGUUCAAAUGCCAAAUAUGCCGCCAAUCAUUCGACGAUGCGGCUCUUCGCGAGGAGCACCAACGUAGCCGCCACAAGAGAUCCUACAAAUGUGAUGAAUGCGGAAAACGGUUCCCCAAACCAAGCAAGGCGACUGCUCACAUCAAGACCCCCCACAAGAGCAACGCCAAUUGGAUAGAAGAAUUCAAUUGCAAUAUUUGCGGAGAAUCUCGCACAAGUCUCAAAGCUCUUCAAGAGCAUUUCAAAAAGCGCCAUUUCAAUAAUAAAAACAGCCAAGAAUUUAUGAAUGCCUGGGCUGUUUACUGUAGAAAGACACUGCCAAAGAAUCCACAGCCAAACUGUGGAGGAGAGCCAAGAGGGAGAGGCAGACCUUCAAAGAAUCCCGCUGUCAAUCAGCGAAGAGUGAACGAUCAAGUUGAAGAUGCAGAAAAUCAAAAUGGUGUUCAAGACAACAUAGGAGACGAUGAUGAUGGCAAACAUGAGAUGGACGCCAAUGAAAGAGCUGAAAUUUCAUUCGCCGUACGUCGUGAUGAUGAUCUCCAUGAUACGGCGGUGAAUCAGCCAACCUCUGGAGGAAAGAAAAGAUCGAAAGGUAGACCGCUAAAGUAUCGCGGUGACGGGAAGCCCAGAGGGAGAGGCAGACCGCCAAAGUACGCAACGGUCAACCAUCAAAGCGUGGAAGAAGAAACAAAUGGAGACAACAUAGGAGACGAUGAAGGUGGCGAGCAUGAGGUGGAAGCCAAUGAUAUUUUGGAAGACGUGCGUCGUGAUGAUGAUCUCCAUGAAGCCGAUCCCACUGACCUCCCGCUCCGCGAAGAGUCCGAAAAUCGCGUUCGAGUUCCAGAUGAUGCCGGAGAGGAAGAUGUCGUCAAUUUGAACAGAUCACCAGCAGUGCACGUCGUCCCCGUUCCUCAGAGUCUUGAGGCGGUAUUGCCAAAGAAUCCGGCGGUCCCGCAGCCUAACUGUGCAGGAAAGCCAAGAGGAAGAGGCAGACCGCCAAAAAAUCGCUGUAGCGGGAAGCCGAGGGGAAGAGGCAGAUUUCCAAAGACUCCCGCUGUCGAUCAGCGAAGAGUGAACGAUCAAGUUGACGAUGCAGAGAUUGUAGAAAACCAGAACAAUGCUCUUGACGACAAUGGUGGCGAGCAUGAGAUGGAAGUCAAUGAAAUUUUGGAAAACGGAAUGGAAAGCGCUGGUGAGAUUUUAGAGCAAACCGUCGUACGUCGUGAUGAUGAUCUCCAUCAAGCCCAUCCCACUAACCUCCCGCUCCACGAAGAAUCCGAAAAUCGUGUCCGAGUUCCAGACGGACUUCUGUUGGAUCAUGAUGCCGGAGAGGAAGAUGUCGUCAAUUUGAACAGAUCACCAGUAAAUUCACCUGCGCGACAACCGGAGAACCAUGAGGCGUCUUUGGAAAUUGGAAAUGGAGCUCACAAUGAGGUUGCUCUUGAUCCAGAAUUCGAUGAGAUUAUCGGAGGUGAUGAUUAUGGCGAUAAGGAGGACAACAUCAAUCUGAAUAAUCUUCAAGCAAUCCCAUCUCCAGAAGUAACCGAUUCCGAUGUUCACCCAAAUCCAGCCCCACAACUUGGAUUUUCUGAAGCGACAAGCAGCCAUUGGGAGCCACCGGUCAUCGCGGAGAAAAGCAGAUCUCGUCCAUUGACUCGAGGAUCGGACGACAGACAACGAGUCCACAGAGCUCGUGAGACAGUCAGAUUCAGAUACCUUUCUCCUGAACACACGCCAAUCAGUGACGAAAAUCGUGGUUCCAAGAAUCGCGGAUCAGAGUCUCAUGGAUGGAACGACCGAGUCUACAAUAAUGAGCAGAGCUCAUCUGAAGCGGGAUCAGUCAGACACACGAAUCGCAAUCGAGAAACUGGAGAAGCUCGUGAUCGGACUAGGUUCACCUACCCCCGUCUCCGUCAAGAUGAGCUGAGUUCUCCUGACGCCUCGCCAGACAGGAGCACAUAUCGGGAUGGACGAGAAAGCAGAGCCUCUGAGUCAACCGGAACCGCCUACCACCGCGGAUACGAUAAUGAGUCAAGAAGCUCAUCCGGAAGCUAUCGUGAUUCUCGGAUUUUCCAAUCCCGUGAUCGUUCUCUAUCCACCUACCGCUGCGGAUACGAGAAUGCGCAGAGAUCUUCUGGAAGAUCACUAACCAAUCCCCCUACCGACGUGGAAACGAGAAUGAGCCAGGCUCAUCCGGACGCUAUGACAAACUUCGCGAUUCUCGGACUCAUCAAGCUUUUGAUCGGAGCAGACCCAGCUAUCGCCGCGGAUACGAAAGCGGUCAGAGAUCCAGGGACCCAUAUCAAAAUGGCCCACCUCACCAAUCCCGCCAUCGCUCCAGAUCCACCGACCGUCCCGGAUUGUAUGACACACUUCCAGAUUCUCGGACUCACUCAUCAAGCUUCCGAUUGGACAAGAGAUCAGAGAUCUCAUGGAAUACUUCCUGAUCGGGCCAACAACACCUACCGUCUCGGAUACGAGAACGAGCCAAGCUCAUCCAGAAGCUAUGACGUUUCGAUCAGCGACAGAUCCACCAACCGCCGCCAAGACCAUCGUGAUGAUCCCAGCUCUUUUGAAACUUUGCCGCCAAAAAGAUCUAGAAUUGCAGGUCCUCCAGUGAUUACUCUGGAAGAUGAUUCGGAUGAUGACAUCAAGUGUUUUGAUGGCGAUUAUCAAAGAUCCAUCUUCAACUCCAUCGCUACGGAAAGAAGCGACUCCAGAAUGCCAAGGAGCUAUGAAAACGGUAAACCUCAGGAAGCUCGGCAGAAAGAAAGAGCAGCUAAAAGAACUGAAUUGAGUGCUGCACACAGAAUAUUUGAAGAGCAGAGAUUAGGAUUGAACCGCUCCACUAGAGACAGAUCCAUCAGCCGGACGAUCAGGGAAAGAUCCGCCAGCCGCACUAACCGCCGUGACUAUCGUGAUGAUCCCAGCUCCUUCGAAACGUCGCCGCCAAAAAGAUCUAGAAUGAUGGACCUUACACCUUCUGUGAUCACUCCGGAGGACUCAGAUGGCAUCUUCUGUCUGGAGAGCACCAUCUGCAACAUGCUCUACUUGGACACCCGCCACAACAAGAUCUUCAAAUCAGUCAGAGAUCCCACCGGAUUAAAGGAGAUCCUCGAAAAGAGCAGCCAUGUAAGAUGGCCAAGCGUCGGAGAAGCGUUUGAGAAAUUGAUGGAGAAGCUCGAGCCUCUCGUCAGCUUGGAACCUAUUCGGUUCUUCGAGAAGCGUAAAAUUGAAUGUCGACGUGGUCACGAGUUGCCAGAAAAACGAGGAGAGCAGAAUGAACCUGGACAGACGAAGUGCUCCAGUCUGGUCAAGCCUCACUGCUCCGCAACAUUUGAGCAAAUCUUUGGGCUCCGCUUCAUGGAAACUUUAUACUCGCCUUUCUGCUUUCAGUGUCUUGAAGGAGUGUUCAAGAAAACCGUCAUCACUCCCUAUGGCCGUUACCAUGUGAUGUUGAUAGAUGGCUCCAAGAGCUCCAAGAUUCAGGAGCUCACUUCAGAAUCUUUAGUGGAGAUGUAUGGAAGCCGUUGGAAAGUUGUCUCUUUUGUCGAAUGCCUUCCACACCAAAUGGAGAAGGACAAAGAUGGAUAUUUUGUGGCAUGGACCAGGAAUGAGACGGGGGAGGGAUGGACGUCUAAAAAGGAGAGAUUCGUAGAGAAGAUGGAGAAGGAGAUGAUCGUGUUUAGGGAUCAUAAUGUGAAGACGAUGGUUUUUGAGAAGAUUGAAUAA